GCUUUGCAGUGCGUUGCAUCAGCUGUGGUUGGAAGAGCCAGUGCCGGUUAUAGGUGGUGUGUGCAGAGAGCCGACAUGAAGCUGUAUGUGAGCGAUGGGAACCCUCAUGGGUUAAAGGUCCUGGCUGCUGCAGGGCUGUGGGCUGGUGCUGUAGAGAUCCAGAGGUUGCAGCAGGAGGAAAAAGUCGUGCCCUUCCUUUCACAAGCGAAGCUGCCUGCCCUGGAGCUUACUAAUGGGAAUUACCUGUUCUCUGCCAAUGCAAUUUGCAGGUAUUUUCUAUUGGCGGCUGGAAAGGACCAGGAUGACCUAAAUAAUCAGUGGCUGGAAUGGGAGGCAGCAGAGCUCCAGCCGGUGAUCUCGGCGGCCUUGUAUGCCAAUAUAGUUCAGGGAAAGAAAAAGGAAGAAACUCUUGCAACAGUCGGCAAGCAACUUGGACACAUUUCUCAAAGUCUCGCCAAGAAACCAUAUCUUACUGGGGAUGCUGUGUCCGUUGCUGACAUCGUGGUUUGGGGGGCCGUUUUUCCUUUUCUUUCAGAUGUGUCUACUCUGUCAGAAGACCUGUCUUCACUAAAGAAUUGGUUUAAAAAAGUGACUGAAAUGGAGCCAUGUCAAAAAGCUGCGGAAUCGCUCCUUAAAGGUCAGGGAGCUUCAAUAUUUAAAGGGUAUCUUCAAAAAUUGCCGGCGCCUGUUGCCACGUCUGCCCCCUCUGCCUGCAAUGAGCCGGAGGCAGGAGAUACUACAGUCCUAACCAUCUCUGAGGAGGACAUUGCAGCUGCCACAGAGGCUUGGUCCAAGGGUCUUACUAAUGCUCCAAGGCCAAAGCAGAUACAGCAUCCUAUACUUCCAAGAGAUGGAGAGAAGAAUCUGUUGAUCACCAGCGCCCUGCCCUACGUUAACAACGUUCCUCACUUGGGAAACAUCAUUGGCUCCGUUCUCAGUGCUGACGUCUAUGCCAGAUACUGCCGGCUGAGGAAUUGGAACACCCUGUUUGUCUGUGGGACAGAUGAAUAUGGAACAGCCACAGAAACCAAAGCAAUGGAGGAAGGGGUAACUCCGCGGCAGAUCUGUGACAAGUACAAUGCUAUUCAUACCGCCAUAUACAAGUGGUUUGAUAUUUCCUUUGAUUAUUUUGGAAGGACUACCACUCCACAGCAAACCACAAUUGCACAGGACAUCUUCAACCGACUCCUGGAAAGGGACUUGCUUCUGAAAGAUACAGUGGCACAGCUCCGAUGUGAGACCUGUCAGAGAUUCCUUGCAGAUCGCUUUGUAGAAGGAACCUGUCCAUUCUGCAACUAUGAAGAAGCCAGGGGGGACCAAUGUGACAAAUGCGGCAAGCUCAUUAAUGCUGUAGAAUUAAAGAAACCUCAGUGCAAAGUCUGCAAACAGUCUCCCGUGAUCAAAUCCUCUCAACAUCUCUUCUUGGAUCUGCCAAAGCUAGAAGAGCGCUUGGAGAAAUGGCUGGAACAGUCCUUGGCAACUGGAGACUGGACAGCAAAUGCCCGUUACAUAGCGCGCUCCUGGAUUCGGGAUGGUUUGAAACCCAGAUGCAUCACUAGGGACUUGAAGUGGGGCACCCCUGUGCCUCUGGAAGGUUUCACGGACAAGGUGUUUUACGUCUGGUUUGAUGCUCCAAUUGGGUAUAUUUCCAUUACUGCCAAUUACACAGACCAGUGGGAGAAGUGGUGGAAAAAUCCUAAACAGGUCCAACUCUAUAACUUUAUGGCGAAGGACAAUGUUCCAUUUCAUAGUAUCAUCUUCCCGUCCUGUCUCCUGGGUGCAGAAGACAACUACACUAUAGUUAACCACCUUGUGGCUACAGAGUACUUGAAUUACGAAGAUGGGAAGUUCUCCAAGAGCCGUGGAGUGGGUGUAUUUGGUGACAUGGCAAAGGACACUGGUAUUCCCGCUGACAUUUGGAGGUUCUAUCUGCUCUUCGUGCGGCCCGAAGGACAAGACAGUGCAUUCAGCUGGGGUGACCUGAUGCUGAAGAAUAACUCUGAGUUGCUUAACAACUUGGGCAACUUUGUUAACAGAGCUGGCAUGUUUGUGCAGAAGUUUUUUAACGGACAUGUUCCCAAAAUGGAGUUGGUUGCAGAGGACAAAAGACUUCUGGCUCAGGUCACAGCUGAGCUACGACAAUAUAACCAACUGCUGGAGAAGGUUCGAAUUCGUGAUGCCCUGAGAUCUAUUCUGAACAUUUCUCGUUAUGGAAACCAAUACAUCCAAGUUAAUGAACCAUGGAAAUGCAUCAAGGGGACCCCACAGGAACAGACACGCGCAGGCACAGUUACGGGCCUGGCAGUAAACAUGGCAGCUCUACUUUCCAUCAUGCUGAAGCCAUAUAUGCCCUCGAUAAGUGCUGUCAUCCAAGAGCAGCUACUUGUGUCACAAGAGGCUAGCGUACUGACCAAUGAUUUCCACUGCAUCCUACCACAAGGACAUCUCAUUGGAACUGUGAGCCCAUUGUUUCAGAAGUUGGAAAAUGACCAAAUUGAGUCUCUGAGGAAACGUUUUGGAGGUGGACAGCUGAAUGGUGACUGCACGGAGAAGCAGGUGAAAGCUGAGCCUAAAGCGUCCUCACCAGUGGCAGAGCCGGCCAAGGAGCCUGCAACGGUCGGUGAUCCUGAGAGGAUAAAAGUGCUAUUGCAAGAGAUGGAAAAACAGGGAAACCAUGUUCGGGAGUUAAAGGGCAAGAAGGCAGAGAAGUCACUGAUUGACAGCGAGGUCCAGAAGCUUCUGGCUUUAAAGAAAGAACUUGCACUGGCAGAAGGAAAGACGCCAGAACCGCCGGCUCAGAAAGGGAAGAAAAAGAAAUAACUGCAUUCCAAACGGAGCAGCCCUGGAAGGGUUAAUUGUGUGAACAGUCUUUUAAAUAAAGUAUUCUGGUCCUUGUUUA